UUUUCAGUGGAGCAUGUGUUGAGCCGACCGGUUGCAGAUUGGCAAGGCCCCAAAGGCCGAAUCAAUGAAGAAAUUCUGAAAGGUUUUCUAGUCGAGUGGGACGAGGCGAAUGAUCGCAGUGUCCUGAUUUGCGUUUGCGGGUCAAGUGCCUUCAACGACGUCGUUCGAAAAAUGUUGCUGAACAUCGGGUUCAAGGCCGGUGAGCUGUUCUUAUUUGACGGAUGAAGUCGUUGCGUUCGAUAGCCAAGAGACCUUGAAAACUGUGUAUUAGUCCAAAGAAAUUUUUAGCAUCAGUUUUUGUCGAGUGCAUCGAAUGACGGGAUUAUAUUCAGCAGUAAAGUCAUGGUGAGUGGAAUUUCUUGGCGUUUAAAAAAGUGACAGGGAUCUCACGCAGUUCAAAUCCUGCCAUGAUGAAAAGUUUUUGGGUCAAAAAAUGUUUUUCAUUCAUACCGAAAUACUCCUUACUUCUUAAAAUAUGUUUUAGUUUACAGGAGAUGAUUUUUGUUAUAAUAUACCUCUCAGUUGUACUGAAACAACAGAAGGAAAAUUAUGAAUAUUCUGGUACAGUGCAAUUGCUGAAAUGAAAAACACAUUCUGGUGAUGGUUUUUUUGUGGUUAUUGAAAUGAGAAUAAAUUGACAAUGUGUCAAUGCUG